AAACUAUUAGYGUAAAGAAAAACAAAACACACCGAUCUUGAAAUGAACCCGAUUCCAAAAGCUGGACUGUCACAAAAAGUUACAAUGUGUAGCCUUCGGAUUCGGCGGUGAACGAGCCUCCAGCAGCGGGGAAACCAACAUAAAGUAACCGGACCGGACCGGCCCGCUCUUCACCAUGAAUUUAAGAGGACUCUUUCAGGACUUCAAUCCCAGUAAGUUCCUGAUAUAUUCCUGCCUGCUGCUGUUCUCUGUGUUGCUCUCCUUGAGACUGGAUGGAGUCAUCCAGUGGAGCUACUGGGCUGUGUUUACCCCAAUAUGGCUGUGGAAGCUGUUGGUCAUCAUCGGGGCCUCUGUGGGCACCGGAGUGUGGGCUCAUAAUCCUCAGUACAGAGCUGAAGGGGAGACGUGUGUGGAAUUCAAAGCCAUGCUGAUCGCUGUGGGCCUCCACGUCCUGCUGCUGAUGUUUGAAGUGUUGGUGUGCGACCGCGUGGCGAGGGGGAACUAUUUCUGGCUCCUUGUCUUCAUGCCUCUCUUCUUCGUGUCACCCGUUUCUGUUGCAGCGUGUGUCUGGGGCUUUAGACACGAUCGCUCUCUCGAGCUGGAGGUGUUGUGUUCAGUAAAUAUUCUGCAGUUCAUCUUCAUCGCUCUGAGGCUAGACGAAAUCAUCAGAUGGCCUUGGCUGGUGGUUUGUGUUCCUCUGUGGAUCCUCAUGUCUUUCCUGUGCCUUGUCGUUCUCUACUACAUCAUCUGGUCUGUCCUGUUCCUCCGCUCCAUAGACAUCAUCGCAGAGCAGCGGCGAACUCACAUCACAAUGGCGAUCAGCUGGAUGACCAUUGUUGUACCUCUUCUCACCUUUGAGAUCCUUCUGGUGCACAAGCUGGACGAUCACAACAGUCUCAGCUACGUGUGCGUGUUCGUCCCCCUGUGGCUCUCCCUGCUCACACUCCUGGCCACCACCUUCGGCCAGAAGGGAGGAAACCACUGGUGGUUCGGCAUCCGUAAGGACUUCUGCCACUUCCUGUUGGAGCUCCUCCCCUUCCUCAGAGAAUACGGCAAUGUGUCAUACGACCUGCAACGCAGCGAGGACCCCGAGGCCAUCGAGGACCUCCCCGUCCCCGAGCCGCCGCCAAAGAUCGCCCCCAUGUUCCACAAAAAGACCGGCGUGGUGAUCACGCAGAGCCCCGGGAAAUACUUCAUCCCGCCACCCAAACUCUGCAUCGACAUGCCCGACUAGCAGCGCGUCAGAGCUGGAGUGACUGCAGCCGGCGGGGCGAUGACUUUUAAACCAAUAAAGCCCAAASAGCAGAGGACACUGUGUUUACGUUACGUGCUGGCUCCUCACCUGAACUGUGCAGCAGCUCACCCAGCAGGGGGAACGCUUCAGAACCAACAUGGUGAUGGAUCCAGACCCCUCGCGUUGGUUUCUCCAGCUGUUUUAAGACUUCCUAAAUGUAUCAAGAAUGAAACCUUUAAACUGACGUAUUGUUUCACCUGUUGGUGAGGUUACACUGUGUUGAUUACUCCCUGUUAUAUUCAUUUUGAAGAUGAAGAUCUUUGGGGGGGGGGGCUUUGACAGCACAAGUAUCUGUGAUUCUKGCUGAUCUGAUUUGCAGAUUUAUGUUUUUAUGAUGCUGAGACUCACACCAGAGCUGGAUCUGUGCGGGGUGGACUCAGAACUGUUGGGUUUCAGGUUCUUGAUGUCAAAGAUGGACGGGUUUGUGAUGGGGACCAUUAGAGGGARUUGAUGGAGAUUGGAGUUCCCCUCUUGUUUUUGUUCCCACUUUUGACCAUGCAAAUAGCUGGAAAAGGGGGUGGAGCUAAAUCAAAGAUGAUUAGUUUCUUUUUUCAGGUUAGUUUUUAUACAAUACUUGUCAUUUUCCUGAGUAAGCCUGUAAUCACUGAAGAUUUGCUUAGAAAAAGUUGCCUUUAAAAAAAACUAAAUUUUUGUUGCGCAAAAUGAUUCAGGUGUAAGUAGUUUCCAAUGUUAAUGCUUCCCAGUUCUACAUUUCUCCUCGUGUUUKUUUAACAUUGUUUUUUAAAGAAGURAUUUGAAGCAUCCAGAAUGAUAACAUCUGGAAAUACUCAACAUGACAGAAAAUUAGUCUAUKAAAUCCUCACAUGUCUGAUAGGGAUCCAUUUAAAAUUGAUUACAGUAACGUACAUCCAAGUAUUGUUUUGAAAUUAACCUGAAAAGUGACUAGGUGGAGAAAAAAAGCACUUUGUUACCUUGGUUCUAAACAAAUCACCAUAGGAUUUUUUUUAUUUUAUUUUAUAUUUUAGUUUUUGUAUUUCUUUUUUCCUUUUGUAAAUAUCAGCACUUGUUUUGGGACCAGAGGGUUGAAAUAAAACCAGUCCUACACUCCUA